CCCCUGGGCGUGUCUGUCAGAUGCCCCGCUCCCUACUCAAACAAGGCCUUUCCGGCAACCGGUCAGAUGACACCGAGCAGCGGAAUGUAGCAGCGGCCGGAGGAGGUAUAGAAGCCGCGGCCUCAUGCAGAGCUCACACCCGUCCCAUGGAUCCCCUCGGUGCCCGCUCGUGUUUUGUGGACGUGGACACGUUACCGUGCUGGACAGAUGUGCCGGAUGGAUGCGAUGUUCCUGAUUCCUCCGUGUGCCACGUGGACAGUGAGAUCCGCUCACCAUUCCCCCACAGAGAAGACCUGAAUAGGAAGGUGAUACUAUGGAGAGGCGAUGUGGCGUUACUGAACUGCACCGCCGUGGUCAACACCAGCAAUGAGACUCUCACCGACAAGAACCCAGUUUCAGACAGCAUCUACCGCUAUGCCGGGCCGGAGCUGCAGGACGAUGUGCAGAAGCUGAAAGGUUGCAGGACGGGGGAGACCAAGCUCACAAAGGGAUUUAACCUGGCCGCCCGCUACAUCAUCCAUACGGUUGGACCUAAAUACAAGAGCAAGUACCGCACGGCGGCCGAGAGCUCCCUGUACAGCUGCUACCGCAACGUCCUCCAGCUCGCCAAGGAACAAGCCAUGUCCUCCGUUGGGCUCUGUGUGAUCAGCUCUCAGAAGAGGUGUUACCCGCUGGAAGAUGCCACUCACAUCGCCCUUCGCACGGUGCGGAGGUUCCUGGAGGUGCACGGCGCCGCCCUGGAGAAAGUGCUGUUUGCUGUUACAGAGCAGGAAGAGGCUACUUACCUGCGGCUGCUUCCUCUGUAUUUCCCUCGUUCCCUCCAGGAGGAGCAAAGUUCCCUUCUCCUAUUGCCCCCAGAUAUCGGUAACGAUGAUGGUGAGCCCGUCGUGCCAGAGCGGCAGAUCCGAAUCAGUGAGAAGCCCGGGGUAUAUGAAGAUGACUCUGAGGAAGAUGAGGGGCUUGGCCGUGAUCUGUCUGUCAUUGGCUCGCACGCCUUUGCGCGUAUGGAAGGCGACGUGGACAAGCAGAGACGCAUGGCGCUCCAAGGUCAGAUGUCGGGGGCCGCGCUACAAAAACAGCACCAGAGGAACUACAAUCGCUGGCUCUCCCGGGCGCGGACGGAGGACCUGUCUGACAUCGCUGCGCUGAAAGCGCUGUACCAGUCUGGGCUGGAUAACUGCGGCCGGACUAUCAUCGUGGUGGUGGGCCGGAAUAUUCCCGUAUUACUGAUCGACAUGGAGAAGGCGCUGCUGUACUUCAUUCAUAUGAUGGAUCACGUUGCAGCCAAGGAAUACAUCCUGGUCUAUUUCCACACGCUGACCGGCGAACACAACCACCUGGAGGCAGACUUCCUGAAAAACGUGUCUGAAGUGGUGGAUGCCAAAUACAAGAAGAACCUGAAGGCACUUUAUUUUGUUCAUCCAACGUUUCGGUCUAAGGUCUCCACGUGGUUCUUUACCACAUUUACUGUGUCUGGACUGAAGGACAAGAUACAUCAGGUGGAAAGUCUGCACCAGCUCUUUACCGCUAUCUCCCCCGAGCAGAUUGAAAUCCCCCCGUUUGUCCUGGACUACGAUGCUCGGGAAAACGGGCCAGUCUUCUCCCCACGCUCCUCGUUCUCAGGCCUCUGACCCUCUCGCCCUCUCGCUCCUCUGCCCACUGUUCCUGCGGAUGGUCCUCUCAGGAUAAAUCUCUGCCUCGCCCUGCUGCUUCCUCUGUGUACCGGCCGGACAGGGGCCAGUGACGGACACUGCUUCAACACGUGGCGUGCGCGCUCCUCUGACCCGGCGAUCCCAGAGGCGACGUUAGCUGGACUGUGCGGUGCGGAGAGGGCGAUGUAUCGUAUUUAUACCUGGUACUUCUGUGUGACUGAAACCGCCCAACAGAGGAGGUCGACGCGGCUGCCGCCAGCACAUCGCCUGUAAUAAAGUCCCUUUCUAAUGUGAACUUCAAGAGCAGCUGCCUGGAUCUUCUGUCCUAUACUGCACCGCGGACGCCGGUCACUGUACUCGGGGGAGAGGGGGGGAUAACGUAUGUCGCCGCAAUGACAGAUGGAUACUUGGACGUAGAGAUCACCGGCCGCCGCGACUGGGAAGGAAAGAGAGAACCGUCCUGCUCAUCGGAGAAUGAAUGUACCUGUAGAUAUGAUUUCUCUGUUCUGCAUUACAAUAAAGAGAUGUAAGAUUUUACCAAAAUCCCUUCCCACCCCUCUGUAACUGCCCCUGGUGACACCGCGACACCCCUGCACCAUGGAAACAGAAUGUGGGAAGAAUUAUUGUAUGAAGGUAAAAACGUUGGCGAGGUCUCCUGGAACGGGUUAUACACGUGUCACUGCCGGGAUAAGCGUUCUGCCUGCGCAAUGUACAGUAAAAGUCCCAUUUUUUCAUAAAA